AUGGGCGCCGUCUGGUCCGCCCUCCUGGUCGGAGGCGGCCUGGCCGGGGCGCUUUUCGUUUGGCUGCUGCGGGGCGGCUCUCGCGGUGAACCGCUCUGCUCUGGAGUUCUGAAGUUUAUCCAGGAAGGGGAGGUGGGGGUGGAGAAGUCCACCCGAGCCUUCCUGGUGACCCUAACGCUGCAGACGAGCUUCUGGGUCCGCAGACCCCUAGGUCCCCGGAGACCUUCCCAGGCUGAACAUCCUCAAGAGAGCAAUGGAUGUCUGAUUUCAGAGACCAGGGACCCAGGCAGCACUCAGGAAACCACGCGAAAGUCUCAGAGCCCUGGGGAGCAAGCUCCUUCUGCACAGCUGCCAGGCACAGAAGCUGCUUCUGAAACCAGUCAUUCUCAAGGCUACGCUGGAGUUUCCAAGAAUGAAAGUCCUAUGGGAGUGUGGCGAUUCCAGAAAGGACAAGAGACACCUGCUAAAGCAGCUGCAUUUGCCACAAAGUUGCCUUCUAGUAACCUGCUACAGGACAGGACUAAAGACGUCAGCCUUCCACAGGUGGAUGGUUCUGACCUGACUGACCAAGAGGACUGGGAAAUGGUGUCCAGGCACUCGUCCUGGGGCGAUGUUGGUUUGGGUGGUAAUCUUGAGGCUCUAAGGUUAAGCUCCAACCAGGGCAUGGACUGUGGCAGAAAUGUUCUUGUGGAGGCAAGAGGUCAGGCAUUUGAUGUGCAGACAAAAAAGGCAGCAAUGAUGUGUCCAGAAUCUCAGCAGGUUAGCGUCAGGUUCCAGGUCCACUACAUCACACGUACUCAAGAGCAGUUCAUUGCAGUAACUGGAGACCAUGAACGCCUGGGGAAAUGGGACACUUACAUCCCACUCCAGUGUGGCCAGGAUGGACUCUGGUCUCACUCCGUCUCCCUGCCCGUCAAUACAGCAGUGCAGUGGAAGUUUGUAGUGGUAGAAAAUGGGGAGGUUGCCCGCUGGGAAGAAUGUGGCAACAGAUUCCUAGAGACGGGCCAGGAGGAUAGAGUGCUUCAGGAGUCGUGGGGGAUUCACUGA